UCAUGCAGUGGGCGUGAAGCCGCGAGUUCACGAACCUCCCAGAAAACCUGAAGCCCGGAUCAGCGAGGAGCCGAACCACGGACACCCUCCUCCCGCUGGCCACCACCGCGACAGCCCGGUGGGAACGGGAACGCGCGCGCAGCCUCACACGCAGACUGUCUGGGAAGAAAACUUCAGGAAUAAGAAACUCUCCCAAAAGAGGAGAAUAAGAGGAGAAGACCAGGAUGACUCCACGUGUGGACCUGCUGGCGUGGAGCUGCCUCCUCCUGGUGGUCGAGUCCAAACCAGGCCCCGUCUUGCCGCCACAGAACGUGUCCCUGCGGUGGGUCUCUGGGUUCCAGGCCCGGCUGUCCUGGACCCCGCCUCCGCAUCUGGGGCCGAACUGCUCAUACGAAGUGGUUCUGAAGACCCGGAAGGGAAGAGAGCGCUACACGACUGAGAACGUGGAGGAGCAGUUCUACGUGGUGAUGGAGGGAGGCUCUCUGAACAUCACCGUGGGAACCGUGUGCGGCCGCCGCAGUGAGCUGGCCCGGGUCAGCGUGGUCCACGCAGAGCUGGUGACGGAGCUGCAGUGCUACAUCUACUCCGCCACACACACACACUGCUCCUGGCAGCCAGCCAGCAGAGCUCCAGACCUACGCUUCUUCUACCGGUUACUGAACAACAACUUCAGUGAGUCCGGUCCUCAGGAUGUCGACAUACGGGAGUGCUCGUGGUCCGGCGGCGUCCGGCCCGGCUGUGACCUGGAGGCCGACACCAGCCACACCCUCCACAUCCUGUUCAAUGGAACGGUGAACCACACGGCGGCCUCCAACACCUUCAAGAGAGACCCCUCCCACGACGUGCGACCUCCUCCCCUCAACUGGACCGUCACUAAAACUCGGGAUAAGUUCCUCAUCCGCUGGACCCGUCCUGAAAUCGAAAGACGUUGGAAGUUUGAAAUUAAUUACACCGAGUGUCGUGAAACAAAGUCCAUCGCGGUGGAUGGGGGAACCUCCAUGGAGCUGGACCGGGUCCCUCGCUGUCCGUACAGCAUGGCGGUGAGAGCGUUCAUGGAAGACGGGAAGACGCCGUUUAGUGACCAGCUGUAUUUUGAUGCGGAUCCCAACCCGUGGCCGUACGCCGCCAUCGUCCUCCCAGUGACGCUCGCCGGCCUGGUGGUGCUGGUCCUGGUGUGCUGCAGGAAGAAUAAGGAAUACAUGUUCCCCAAAGUACCCGAACCCCGGGACUUCCUUAGAGAUAUUCCUGACAACAACAACAAGAGCGCUGAUCACCACCUGUACUUCCCGGCGGAGGAAGACGAGGGCUGUAGAAUCACUCUGGUGGUCGACCCCCAUCUCAACGGGCCGGACGUCGGACGCCUCACCUCUGGGUGUCAGGACCCCUGAGGUCUGGUUUGAGAUGGACCGACUGCGGGCUCGACGUCUUCAGGGUCUGGUUCAUCUGGACGAAGCGCUCGGCCCUCUUGCGCAAUCUGACGGCGGAGGCUAAACAUUAGUGGGGCGUGGCGCCGCCCUGCUGGAGCUCUGUGGUAUCGUCCACUGUGCUGGUUGCAGACGCCUUCAAAUCAUAGAAUGGAGUAAAGACAAAAGGUUUAGCUUUGAGGGACCUGCCAUCCCCCAAGAGCAGGGCAGGGGUCUACAUCCAGUCACUGGUCUUGAUGGUUUGAGAUGGUCUUGAUGGUCUGAGAUGGUCUGAGAUGGUCUUGAUGGUUUGAGAUGGUCUGAGAUGGUCUUGAUGGUCUGAGAUUUAUUUUUUUAUUUUUAUUUUUUUAUUUAGAGAAUAAGGGACAGUGCAUAUUGAUUGACAGUACAAUGUACAUGUAAAUAUGACAGAUUAUAGCCGGGAGGCUAGUUUCCAUCUGUAGUCCCUUGGCAGGUUGAUGUAAUUUAAGAAUGCAAGCAGAGUGAAAUGGAAAGCACACAUCACUUCACACAUGACAGUACAGUAAUACAAAAGAAGAAAAAAAGAUUAAUAAAAAGGUGCAUGCAAGACA